GGGAGUCGGACAGGCAGUGCGGCAGAGCGGAAUUGCACGUGACGAGAUUUUCAUCACGUCCAAGGUGGGCGGCGGACCACUGGGGUACAACGAGACGCUGGACCAGUUCAAAGAGGUCCUGAGCACGCUGAACAUGACCUACGUGGAUCUGCUGCUGAUCCACUGGCCCUGGCCGCUGGUCGGGGGCUCGUCCGAUCCGGCAUGCCAGGACGGAGCGGCCUCUGCCAACAGCUGCCGACAGUCCUCCUGGAAGGCUAUGGUGGAAAUACUGAACAGCGGCGGGGCGCGGGCGGUCGGCGUUUCCAAUUUCGAAAUCAAACACAUCCAGAGCCUGCAGGUGGGCAGCAGCCUCCCUCUGCCGGCCGUGAACCAGGUCGAGUUCAGUCCCUACUGGCACGAGAUUGAGCUGCUGGAGUUCUGCAAGACGCACCAGAUCGUGUUCAACGGCUAUGCGCCGCUGGCCACUCCGGACUGGGCACCACACAGUCACCACUGGAACGCCUCGCUGCUGGACUCGAGCGUGCUGAAGAAGAUCGGAGACGCGCACAGCAAGACACCGGCACAGGUGGCGCUUCGCUGGUCCAUGCAGAUGGACGUCGUGAUCAACCCGCGCACGUGGGACCCCGAACACAUGAAGGAAGACCUAGAUCUAAACUUUGUGCUUACCAGCGAUGAGAUGGAGCAGAUCACCAACGUUCCAAAGCCGUCCAACAACAAGGUCUGCCCGGACCCCACAAACUACCCUUGAUCGAAUGCCUCGCGAUACAAAGACGUUCUGGACAGUUUCUAAGAAAUACGUUUCUUGGGCAAAUUCUCACACAAUUGAACACAUCAAGUCUGCCUUCUUGCAAUUAUUGUUUACUACUAAACAUGUUUUAAUCUUUAAAAGUGCACACUGUGGCUGCUGCAGAAACUGUUCGCAGUGUUCUUCAAUCGCUUCACCUUUAUGUGAAAUGAGCACUAUUGAAGCAGCAGUUAUACCUAGCACUGGGUGCUGCUAGUGAUGCUGGGUGAGCAGGCUGCCUGGCCAAUCCAUACAUGCAGUGGUGCAGGUGGCCUGGAGGUUUUGUUAUC